AUGUCGCAGAAGGAUGCGCAGGUGGCGAAGGCCAAGGAACUGCAUGGAGCGAUCCAGCAGAUGACGGAAAAAACCGAGGCCUUGGAGGCGGAGCUCAAGGCUUUGGCGGAGGAAAAGACACAAAUCGAGAGAGAUCUCAACGUUUGCGCCAGCCGCGCCCAAGCCCUCCAGGCCCAACUGCCGCAGAAGGCCAUGGAGCUGAAGCAGCUCGAGCAGUUGGAGCAGCAGAAGGAAGCCGAGUACAUGAAGAUGCUUGAAGCCACGCCGACGCUGGUACAGGUCUUGAAGAAGUGA